AUUGCGCGUGCAUCCUUCCAUGGAUGCUUGAUCACCCGACAGAAGCUUAAUUCUUUUUUUGCUACGGUAAAUCCGUAUUUAGCGAAUACAACCCGACAUUUUUUCUUCCUAUCUGCGACAUCCAUCGUCGCAUUCCCCGCCUUAGACAUGAGCAAGCCGACCGGGAGGCCCGCGGUGAAGAGCGGCCCUCCCGGGGCUCAUUUUUGGUGGUGACUUUGUGGGGACCGAUUUCCGAUCUUCUAAGCAUCCACGAUCCCGAUCUGUGAUCUCAUUCGCUCGUCACGAUGACCUGGCUCGCAUUCUGAUUGGCUGCCAAAAGGUGGGUAGUCACAUGGUCUUGUGAGUAUAAAAGGGCGCCGGAUACACGGCGGGUUUAAUAUGCAUUAUUAGUCCCGCAUGGCCGAAGUCCUAUCAAACCCCACACACCGCCACAUGGCCACAGAGGCCCCCACUGCACUCGACGCCCCUGUGAGUGGCAGAUCGUCGGGAGCCUCGUUCGAAUCCCAUGGCUCGCAGGUGCCUAAUUCUGAACUCCAGCGGGGCCCGUAUACGAAGGAAAGCUUAGAGAGUAAGGAUGCGGUUGUCAUAGUGGACUCAAAGUCGAGCUCUCAGGACAGUACAAUCUCGCCGGAGCAGCAUCGUCGCCUGCUCAGACGACUCGACUUGAUCAUUGCUCCUUGCAUGAUGAUUAUUUACAUGGUCGCAUUUUUGGAUCGUACCAAUAUCGGCAAUGCUAAAGUCGCAGGGCUUCCAGAGGACUUGCACCUUAAAGGAAACCAAUUCAAUGUUGCUACGAGUAUCUUCUAUGCCACUUUCAUUGUUUUUGAAAUGCCGACGACGUUACUUAUGAAGAGGUUUCAGCCGAAACAAACUCUCUCGUUCAUUAUUUUUGCCUACAGUAUAACCACCUUGUGUACCGGCUUUGUCAAGAAUUAUUCGGGUCUUAUUGCUACUCGACUCAUUCUGGGUGCUUGUGAAGCUGGCUUGUUCCCUUGCUUGACAGUAUACUUGACAAUGGUUUACACGAGAGAGGAGCUAGCUCCUCGAAUUGCAUACUUGUUUUCAGCAGCAGCUAUUUCUGGCGCGUUCGGUGGUCUCUUCGCAUACGGCAUUCUGCAGAUGAAUGGCGUCGCUGGUUUCGCUGGCUGGAGAUGGCUUUUUGUUAUUGAAGGUAUCUUGUCGUUCCUGUGUAGCAUUAUGGCUUUCUUUGUUUUUCCUAAUGACCCGAAAAAUGCAUGGUUCCUUAACUCGGAAAUGCGUGGACAUAUGCGCAUUCGCGAGAACGCUCGCACAGGCGACCUGGAAGAGAAAAAAUGGAGCUGGAAAGGCGUCCGUUUGGCGCUCUCUGAUCCGAAAUUAUAUAUUAUGUCCAUUGCCGAGUUCGGCCAAGAUACAUGUCUUUAUGGCUUCAGUACCUUCUUGCCUGCCAUCAUUCGGGCUAUGGGUCAUCAGGGUUUGUCCGUGCAAUAUUUGACUAUUCCCGUGUACGCUGUCGGAGCUGUCUGUUUCCUUACGGCCUCCUACAUCUCGGAUCGUAUUCGGUCUCGCGGUAUUGUUUUGAUCAUUAACAACAUUUUCCCAAUUGUUGGAUAUAUUCUCCUACUUACUCGACAAGGUCAUCCAUCUGUGUUGUACUUUGCUUGCUACAUGUGUGGUAUUGGUAUCUACACCGGUGCUGGUCUGCCUGUUACAUGGAUUAGUGGAAACGUCGCUCCUCAUUACAAACGUGCGACAAGUAUUAGUUUCAUGAUGGCUACGGCCAAUUCUUCUGGUAUUCUCUCUGGACAAAUCUAUCGUUGGGCCCCGAAAUACAUCGCAGGACACGCUACCUCGUUGAUUGCUAUUUCUAUAUCUACGAUACUGCACUUCGUUACCAUCAUGUAUCUUCGACGCCAGAACAGAAAGCGACAAGCAUUUCUCGAUUCGGGCGCCGAUGUUGGCGAGAAGGCUACCGUUGCGGAUGACUCCAAUGUCCACUUCCGCUACGUUAUUUAAAGCAAGGCUGAGCUGUGGACCUUUUGCUGCUCCUUCAAUUUUUGUUUUCUGUUUACAAAGUGCUUUUUUGUUUGUACCAUUCCCCAACAAUUGUCGUGUCAUUGCUACGCUCCCUCCUUCAUUUUCUCCGUCAUGGUAAUGAUGAUUUCGAUUUUCCGUCUAAACCCUCAUUCCUCUUUUCAUUCAUGUCCCCUUCUCAACAUUCAGGUAAGCGUACUGUUAUACGUUUCAUAUUCAAGUUCUUCUUUAUCAGUUUUUCAGCAUAACUUACUAAAACAAAUAC